AGUCGCCUCGGAGUGGCAGCGAUGGCGGCCGCCUGGGGCUCCGUUCGCCUGCAGCGCUGCAUGGUGUCACCGCCUGGGAGGCACAGCGCCUCUCUGAUCUUCCUGCACGGCUCAGGUGAUUCUGGACAAGGAUUGAGAACGUGGAUCAAGCAGGUUUUAAAUCAAGAUUUAACAUUCCAACACAUAAAAAUUAUUUAUCCAACAGCUCCUCCCAGGCCGUAUACUCCUUUAGAAGGAAGCAUCUCCAACGUGUGGUUUGACAGAUAUAAAAUAUCUAAUGACUGCCCAGAACACCUUGAGUCGAUCAAUGGGAUGUGUCAGGUGCUUACAGAUUUGAUUGAUGAUGAAGUAAAAAGUGGCAUCAAGAAGAACAGGAUAUUAGUAGGAGGAUUUUCUAUGGGAGGGUGCAUGGCAAUGCAUUUAGCAUAUAGAAAUCAUCAAGAUGUGGCAGGAGUAUUUGCUCUUUCUAGUUUUCUGAAUAAAACUUCUGCUGUUUACCAGGCUCUUCAGAAAAGCGAUGGUGUACUCCCUGAAUUAUUUCAGUGCCAUGGUACUGCAGAUGAGUUAGUUCUGCAUUGUUGGGGUGAAGAGACAAACACAAUGUUAAAAUCUCUAGGAGUGAGCACGCAGUUUCACAGCUUCCCCGGUCUUUGCCAUGAGCUAAGCAAAGCUGAGCUAGAGAAAUUGAAAUCAUGGGUUCUUACAAAACUGCCAGGAGAAAUGGAAAGACAAAAUGAAUGAAUCAAGAUUGAUCUGUUAAUAUACAUGCAGUGUCUUUGUGAGAAGCGAUUUUUGCUGCCAAGUUAUAAUUUGAUAAAUGAUCAUUAAAAUACUAAGAAAUA